AUGCCUCAGACGCUGAAGGUGUCAGAAGAGCGCAUACAUACUUGGGAAGUCUGCUACUGCAAUUUCAGUGAUGGAGCAUUGCAAGUUGCAAGAAAUCUUGGUUUGACUCAGCCUCUGGACGAGAAGGGUUCUGUUUCGUUGGUCUCAUCACCGCCAAAGAGACUACGUAAAGAAGAAAAACCACCUCCAUCACAAUUGACAUUAACUCCUAAGGGGCGAAUGAUGUCUGCGUGGAAUACGCUGCAGGAACAUAAGCACUCGGCCGUUUUCCUGCAUCCAGUGACGGAUAGGGAUGCGCCGGGCUAUAGCAAUAUUGUUUAUAGUCCUGUGGAUUUGACUACGUUAAAGCGAGAAAUCGAUAACGUUGCUGGGAUGGAUCCAGCUGUCUUUCAGAAGAAGGCGUUUUUGAUGUUCACAAAUGCGGCAAUGUUCAACAGUACCGGUCACGAUGUGAACGGUUACGCGAAGGAUAUGAGCAAAGCUACAUUAGGAGAAUGUACUAUGACGAUCGACCCAAGAAUGGACCCGUAUCGAGGGCAUAAUCGAAGGAGCAGGCAACAUGAUGACGGUAUUUAUUUCCCCUUACAUUUUUGA